UUUUUUACGAUUUUACCCUAGCCUAAAACUGAAGCCCAUUUCAUUGUAAUUAAUAGAAAUUUUAGUGGAAAAUUAAGAAAAUACAUAUUUCAAAGAUGGCGAAUUCGAAUUUGGACGCUUCUUCUUCAUCUUCAUCAUCGUCGUUAGCUACUAACCCUCCUGUGGGAGUUUCUCCUUACAAUCACACCCCUUAUUACUGCGAGGAGAAUGUAUACUUGCUCUGCAAGAAACUGCGUGAAAACGGGAUAGCGAAAUCGGAUGGUUCCGAUCUAUUUGCGGUUUUCAUUUCCAAUGAGAAAAAACAGAUACCACUGUGGAAUCAGAAGGCAAGCCACAGAGCAGAUGGUGUAGUUAUCUGGGAUUAUCACGUGAUCUGUGUACAGAAAAGAAAAGAAAAAAGUUUGCCUCAUCUCGUGUGGGAUUUGGACUCGACUCUUCCUUUUCCUUCUCCACUAGCUACGUAUGUAGCAGAAACUAUUCGCCCUUCGUUUCAGCUGUUCUCCGAGUUUAAUAGGGUCUUCCGAAUUGUUCAUGCACCGAUAUUUCAGAAAUAUUUUGCGUCUGAUAGAAGACACAUGAAAGAUUCUGAAGGAAACUGGAAUUCUCCACCACCAUCAUACGAAGUAAUUGUUGCUGAAGAUGGGACCGUUCACAACUUGAACGAGUACAUGGAGAUGUCGUCUCUCGAUACCGUAAAAAGCAUUGGAGAUGAUACGGUAGAUACACUACUGACUCAAAAGCUUGGUGUGCUAGUGGGUGAAAGCCAAUUAGAGGAAUUGUUCUCUCGGAUUUCUUGAUAAUUCGACGAAAAUCAUGCAGACCGAUUGGAGUAUAGUCGAGAUUUUUAUUUUUGGAUCAACGUAUGUGAACUUCGAGUGCAUUUUUAAUUUUGCGAUACUGCUCGUCUGAAGUUCAGUAAAGAUGCAUACUGCUCGUUAAUCUUAGUAACUGUAUGAAGAUGAUUGAAUCGGACUUCAAUAUGAAUCCUUUAAUGCA